AUGUCAUUUCAAGAGGCUUUGAGCCCCCGAGUUAGGAAAGAUUCUCUCUGGUCUGUUGAUGUAGCUUCCGACGACUGCUCAACAAAACCUUCAGAUGUUUCUGACGAUGAGCUGCAAAACGAUGAGUCCUCAAGAUGGGCCAAGGUUUUCAAAGAGGCAUUCGGUUUGUCUGACGAUGAUAAACUCGAAGAAGAUGGGGAGGUACUUGAUCAUGAGUGUAUGGAUAAUAUGGAUUAUGAUAUCGAUCAAUGUGCUUCGCUGUCCCUACCCGACAUGCUAUCGCAACAAGUGGUAUGA